AUAAAUAAGGGACAGAUGUUUCCGAUCCUAGGCUUGAAGACGCAGCGCUCGAUCUUCUUAGCCUCUUCUCUUCUCUUUCGUCCUCGGCGUCUUCCGCUUCUCAAUCCAAACCUAGACCCCAAUAUGGUUGGACCCUCCCAACCUCCUAAGUCCACCCUCAAGUUCCUCUGUAGCUACGGCGGCAAAAUCCUUCCCCGCUAUCCCGACGGCAAGCUCCGUUAUAUCGGUGGCCAUACGCGUGUCCUCUCCGUCGACCGCUCUAUUCCCUUUUCCGAGCUGUUGGUGAAGUUGGGAGAGCUCUGUGGCUCGGCAACUGUGAUACUUCGCUGUCAAUUUCCCACCGAAGAUCUCGAUGCUUUGGUAUCCAUCAGCUCCGACGAGGAUCUGGCGAAUCUUAUCGAGGAAUACGAUCUUGUUGCGCCGCCUUCGUCUUUAAAGAUCAGAGCGUUCCUUUCGCCGCCGAAAUCGUUCCAGAAAAAAACUUCUAUUCCGUCCUCCUCGUCUAUGUCAAAAUCAUCAUCAUCUUCAUCAACAUCGUCGCCGUCGUCGUCGCCUCACAAUUCUACUGCUGGUAGUUGUGGAUGUUCUACUUGUGGCUGUAGUCCUAGGUAUUCGGUGUUGGUGACGCCGGUCGUCGAUGGAUGUGUACAUCAGAUGUUGGCGCCGAUGGCGUAUGACAUGAGAAAAUCUGCUGGGAGGAAUAUUCCUCUUCCUCAAUAUGCUUACCCGAUGCAGGGUAACCCACGCCACAUUAGCGUUGUGCACAGCGGGAACCACUGGCAAUAGAGCCAGAGUGAUCUGAAUCAUGGAUAUGAUGGGAACUGUUUGGAAUCUAACAGAAGCAAAACGAGCUUAAAAUAUUAUAAUUAUAAUUAAAACAUCGUAAGAUAAAGUUGGGAUCUAUGAUGUAAAAGGGACUGUAAAUCUUUAAGACGGCUUGUCCUCCUAGCUUGUGUUCCUUGGCCAUUACAUUAAUUUCAGUCCUAUUACAUUU